UCAUCAGUCAGCCAGAGCGGGCGAUGAGUGAGCCUCCAUCCACUCACUCCCACGAUGAGCAGAAUAGUCAAUAGUAGCAGGAUGGCCGCCAGUCACGUGCGAGGCACGAUGCCUGCAAAAUCGCGACCGCGUCGUGUGGGGUCCCCACCCACUUCCGCUCUGCUCACGUGCCGUGCCCGUGUGCAUCGGGGAAAAAACAGCAGCAGGGGCCGAAUCGGAGCUCCGCCGCCGGCAGAUCUGCGCCGGCCGGUCUGCUCCGCCCAGCGGACAUGGACCGCGACGGCCGCCCGGGGUGGCUACCGUCGCUGGGCUUCGCCUUCCUCAGCUUCAACUGCGGGAUGGCCGUCUACCGCUCCUGGGACGACCCCUACGCCGUCGCCUUCGUCCUCGCCGCGUACGCCGCCCUCGUCCUCCUCUUCCGCUGCCUCCACCUUCUGGAGCGCCGCCGGGACCAGCGCCUCAAGCUCGCCGUCUGGGGCCUCUCCACGCUCCUCACACUCAUGUUCUCGUACAAGAUCGCCGCCGUGAUGCCGCCCUGGGCCCAGCUGCUCGUCUGGGGCAUGGGGAUCCUCACCGUCGUUGCGGGAUUCUACGCCUUCUUCGUCGCCCGCCCGGAGGAGCCCUGACCCUUCGAUACCUGAUGAGCAUCACUCACCGCAUCGGUCUCAGUUAUCUUGUGUAGUACGUAUGUCUUUUUGCAGCAUGCCGAAGAAGUUGACGAACGUACCGAGAGGCGCGUAGCAAGACUCAUCACUCUUUUGAAUGCAAGAGUUGGUAGUAGAAUAAAGUAGGGGUUCCGUGUGUGUGUGCGUGUGGGAGAGAGAUCGUGAAAAACGGUUUGCAUCUAGCGGUGACCUCUUUACAUUGGUUUUUCCAGUGCCUGUUGCGGUUAGCUAUGUGUUACUAAUUGGAAUGGAUGCAAGUAAGUGAGGAUAGAGUCGUUCUAAACCCACUCUCCAAAUCACCCAUGCAUCAUCAUUUGAACAAGGUGCUCCAUAAAAAAUUGUUUGGGGCCUUAAUACAUGUUUUAGUUUCUUAGA